AUGUACCAGGAGAACAAGACACCACAGCCGGCAGCCCAGCUGGCGCCUAUGUGCGGCCCGCACCUCAACCCUUGCCGAUUCUGGUCGGAUUUAAUGCGGAAUAAAUUCUGGCGUCAGGCGAUCAGCGCAAUAUGGCGCCGGGUCUAUCGUCGCAAUCGCCCGUGGCCCCGCGACUCGGGGCUGAAGGAAUUGGGGGAUAUCACAAGAGCAAGUCUUAUAACCUCUUGGAUGGAG